GGCUCACAUAUCGAAAUUCCAACAUUUCCUUUUUGAUCCAUAGCAGCCCAACCCCGUUCUGUCUCGGUCUUCGCCUCUUACUUGUAUUGCACAUACGUCAAACUCCUUGUCCUUCUCACAUCGGUAUUGUGCUCGCAAUUGCGACGGAGUGACAUGUGUGCACGUGGUCUUUGCUCUAAUGGUAUUGCCCUAACGUAACAAAGAUACGCAGUGGUAUUCUGUUGACUCAAAAGUUGAUCUGAUGUCUGUCAUAAUAUUGACAUUGAGGCAAUGGUUAUCGUUGCAUUCAUGUAGGAAAUCUGAAUUGGAAAAAAUUGCAAGGAUAUACCCAACAUUAGAACCACUUAGCCUCAUUGUCACGACAUCGUGAAGUGCAAAGUAGAGUUGGGAUUUACAACCAGCAUGCAGAUCCAGCCAGUGCCUUUGCCUAUUGCAAUAUGUACCAGACCAAGGUCACCCUCACCGAACGUGUGGCUCUAUGCUACACAGGUGCGCGGCUCUACCUUUACCACAUGUAGCAGUACAUGCAGAUGACCACGAAGUGGAAGUGCAUCGCGACGGACUGCGACUAAAAUGCUCACAGUGCGGAAGCCGACGCCGCUUCCGCUACUUGCAGCGCGCGCACUCCUGCACCAGUGUGGUGUUACAAUUUCCCUCUUUGUCCUCGCCGCCUUCGCUAUUCCUAUUGCCACUCCGCCCACUACAAAGAAUGUCGCGUUCGCGACCGUACCUCCACGCCGAACAAGCGGCAGUGCAACAAAAACAAAAAAUUGGUGCGAGGCGUUGGACGGGAGUGGCCAGCGUAUGUCACCGGUGGAUGUGUCGUCCACAAAGUUCACGACCGAGGCUACCGGGGCCAAAAGCUUCAGCUUCAAGGCGUUGCGCGACAAAAACUUGUCUGUUAUCCUCACACCACUCUCGCCGCUGGCGGACCCGGAUGUGAGUUUAUACGGUGCGAACACUGGGAAGGGCGCCUGCAAGUUUGUGCAGCGGGCCGUGGACUACGGACAGGAUGUGCUGCGACUCCCGCAAGCGCUCACGGUGGAAAAUGAUUACGACACGUACUUCAUUCAUGUGCAGUGCCGCGGCAUUUUUGCCGCGUUCAGCAGCGGUGCUGGUGCCAGGGGCUCGACCAGAAAACGAACAACGACGUCGGUAUCUUCCAAGGCUACAGAGGACAAGCGUCGCCCGGGCGGCAGGAGAAGACGAGGCCUCAUGGACUACUUCUUUUCUUCAAGAGAGACAGAAGAAGACUUCAUGGCAGCUCCUGCCGUGCGCGUCCCUCUUCAAGAAAGCGGCGACGACAAACGUAGAAGUCUUUCAGCCGCCUCCAAAUCCUCACCCGCCUGCAAAUACCAUCUCUCCGUCACUGUGCAGACGUUCGCCGACGAGCUGCAAGGCACUAAAACCGGCGUCGCGUACCUGGGCGUGAGCCAAAACUUCCUCUGGAACAAGCCAAAAGGCACCUCCGCCUCGUCGCAACUGACGCUGAGCGUCUUUCCGCGCGACGCGAUCGCGGUGCAGCACGGGGGGCUGAAAUUACUCGUCAACGACCAGGAGACCGCCUCCACCAAGGCCCGGGGCAGCUUCCGUGCCCAGCACGGGUGGUUCGGCGGCGAGGUCGUCAAGGUGUCGCUCGUGAACACACUGGAGCGGCUGUACAUCUCCGUGUUGAAACGGCAAAAGACCGCGCCAGUGCCCUUCGUUCUCACCGCGAAACUGAACGACGGCACCCCCGUGAAACUCAUUCCGCACGCCCCGGUUUGGGCGCUGGUGCAGCGGAGGCAGACGGACUACUACACGUUUGAGGUCACGCAGCCGAAGGUGGACAUCGGGCUGUACGUCACGCCGGUGUCCGGCGACCCCGGGCUGAUGUGCGAGCCGGGGGUAGACGCGCGUCCGCUGCCGGGUCACGCACUGUGGGAGGAGCACCACCCGGGCGGGGAGAGCUUGUUCAUCGUCAGCAACGACCCGAAGCGGAAGCAAGCCAACAUCCCGGCGACGGGCAACUUCACCGUGGGUGUUUACGGCGCGGAAACGGCGGUGUACUCCCUGAUGGUGAUCCUUGACCCACACGUGGAGGAGGGCAGCGAGCUGGGCAAACUCGACGUCGCGCUCGGGCCGCAGCCCUUGUGGGGCGAGCUGUACUUCGGUUUCCAGCAACGGCUCAGCGUCAAGAAGCAGCACACGGGUCACUUGCUCUUCUUCAACGCCCUGGAGCGGAGCCACUUGGAUUUCCAAGUCACCACGACGAAGCAAGUGGACGUGUGCGUCACAAAGUGCGGUCCCGACCCGCACAACUGCGCUGAGCGAAGCCCUUUGGCGAAGGAACACAACCCGGAUAGGCAGUUUGGGAGUGGCGAGAGCGAGGAGGCAGAUGAAGAUACCACAAAAACAACGCCGCCGCGUUUGCACCAAUUGGCCGAGACACCAAGCUCCGCUGGAGCAAUCAGCAACCCCGAAUACGCAAAGUACUACUCCGGCGAGGAGUUGACCCCGACCGGGCGAAAUGUCAGCUUGGCGCUCUGCGCGACCACGAUCCGCCGUGACGAUGACAGUGGCGCGGGCAGCUUGACGAGACACGGGCUGCUGCGCAACCCCUGCCCGCAGUGCUGGUACGCGGUCCUGGUGAGCAGCAAAGACACGCAAAGCCCGUCGGUCGACUUCACGAUGACGCUUUCCGCAAGCGGGAGCGAAUGGCACCCGCUGACGCUGCAGGAACCGUUUUGGGGCCAUGUGGACGUGGGCGGCGCCGACGUGAAACUCAGCCUAGAAAUCACGAAAGAGGAGCUGGCGGAAAGCUCGGAUCGCACCCUCCAAUUCGAGCUGGUACCGCUGUACGGUAACGCCGAGAUGAAGAUUUCGGAACUGGACACCGCAAGUCUAGAUGCGAUCGACGAGGACGAGAACGAAGACAGCGAAUCUUCAGCCUCUUCGUCUACAACUUCCGCGAAAAAGCCGGAGAAGGUGCUUGUAGAGCGAACCGACGCAAAUUUCGAAACAACACCACCGACCGACGUGAACAAGCUGCAGUAUCGCUUGCGUGUGAAAGCCAAAGGCCGCGAACACGCACAGUUCCGGGUGGCGGUGCGCAGAAAAGCAACAUCUUCUUCAUCUGCCAGUUCUGGCGACUCCGAGAGCAGGGCCUUUUCGUGGGCGGACGUGCCGCUGGUCAGCGUCGGGGAGCAGAAGCCGGGGUUUGUGCGGGACGGCGCGCCGGAGUACUUCGCGUUUGUGUUGGACGGCGCGAAAAGCGACAGCGUCGCCGUCACCACGGAGCCGCCAUUGCCCAUGGCCAUCGAGCCCGUGGCGGAUUUUACAGCGUUGAAGGAGAGCGCGUCAUCCACCGGCUCAACCGUGACAGAGGGCAAGCACAAGCGCCCGGAUCUGACCUCCAGCCCGUGGAGAACCACAAAAUCCACUUCUGGUACAACAACUGAAGACUCCGUCGACCUGUUUUCCGGCGGAUUGGCGAUAAAGCCCGAGGACGAAAAAUACAACAAGAGUGGCGAGAUGUACUAUGUCGUCGGCGUCUUUCCCCCCGCGAACACAGAAACAAGUGACAGCGGAACAACAAAGACGAACCGGGGUUACCGGUUUCAACUGCAGAUCCGGUCCUUCAAAGAGAUGGCGCUGAACGAGUUACUGCCCGACCAGCCGCCCGUCCGCGGGAGUCUCCAAAAGGACCACACCGUCCGGUACGCGCUGAAGAUUGGGCCGCCGGCCGCCGGGGCGAAGCACCGGAGACACAUUGUGCUCAGCCUGGUGGUGUUUUCCGGGGACGCGGAUCUGUAUGCGGGGUUCACCAAAUCGGUGUCGAAAUCGCACCACACGUUCGGGUCCUCGCGGUUCGGGUCCGACGCGAUCUUCAUCACCGGAUUCUCGGACCAGAACAAGUGCGCGGAGAAGUUCAAAAACGGCAAUCCCUGCACGGUCUACAUCAUUGUCUACGGGUACAGCAAAGACACCAGGUACGCGUUGUCCGCGACCACGCCGGACGGGAAACCCACGGAAAUUCUCCCCGAUUCCCAGCUCGAGGGCAGUUUACAGAAAGGACUCCGGCAAUUCUACUACACGCACUUCAUGGCAGAGAAUAGCGCAGCAGCAAGUAGUACCGUUGGCCGAAUCACGAUCGUGCCGCAGAAGGGCGACCCGGACUUGUACUGUGUAGUGAGUGACUUGGAAACGGCAAAGAAUCCGCCCAGUGAGUUCGCGGAUCUGAAGCACUUAAGGCGGGGCGGCGGACACAAAAAGUUCGCCAGUUACAAAGCAAGUGGGACUGAGAUGAUACGUAUUCCGUUCACAGAAUGCAGCAAAAAGCUCACCGGGGGCAGCGCAUCGCCACGAAUUUUGGGUGGUGGUGAAGAUGCAAAUGGACUCGUAGUCUCCUCCGCUCUUGAUCCUCGUCCUAAGUCGGCAUGGUGGGACUGGAGGAUGACUCCUGCUAUGGCGGGUACCACGUCAGGCAUGCUAAGCAGGCGUGCUAGCGCUUCAGACAACUCCGGUGGUGCUGAUUCCGACUGUGCAAUUUUCUGUGCAGUGUAUGCCUUCAGCAACACGACCUUUCAGGUAAGUUUCUCCACGGAACAGGGCAGCGGAAGCUCAUCGUCAAGUAGCUCCUCCUCCUCAUCGCAGGGAGCCACUUCAAGCACCGGGAAUAAACACCAUCCUACCAACGGACCGCGGGGAACCGUGAUCACUCCCAACAGCCCGUCUGUUGGCAUGCUGAUUAAGCGUGCGCACGAGUUGGAAGUCUUUUACUUCAACGCCGCAGAGUCGAACGCGUUGUUGCGCAUAACCCCCUUCAUGGACUGUCAUCUGGUCACCACCGUCAAGGAGCGCGAAUACAACGGCAAACAGAUCGCGUUAACCGGGUUGAACAGUGGAGAGACCGUCCGUAUCGAGGUCCGCCGCGCCCCGAACUACGAGGCCGAGUCCAUCUGCAUGUUUGAGGUGGACCUGGCAUUUGGCACGCCCACAGCGCCGUCUUCGGGGGGCAGCUCCGGCACUACUUCUGGUAGUAGUUCCAGAGACUCUUCACUAGAGACAAAAAACAGUCCCGGAUCCGCCGCGUCUUCGCCCAAGGCAGCGGCAAAAGCCAACGCAGCCCUGUUCCCGACGAUCUACACCGAGAACGACACCUACAAAAAGGCAAAGCUGAGUCGCUUGACCAACGGCAUUCCCUUCAUCGGCUCCACGGCAGUUGGCCGCGGGUUCGAGGAGCAGCGCUUCGUCUACUCGCCCCAGGAUUGUGAGGCCACCGAGGUGCGCAUCACACCGUUCUCCGGAGACCUACUCGUGUUUCGCAAGAAACCCGGCUCGUACAACCCAACGGACAGAACAGAGGUAAGAUGAGCUACAUAUUUUUCUGGGUUUUCAUAUCAUCGCAGCAGUGUCAUGUAGAGCAGCUGGGAAGGGGAACUGGUGCAUCGAUACUCUACAAUUUCAGUCGGAAUGCGAUGCCACCCUACUUCGUCCUGCUCCUGUUUCAGGUUUGGUAUAAUGUGCCACGCGGGAGGAUCGAUGAUGGCACCGCCCCAUCAAGGACAGAAGGAGCACACGACAACGCGAGCCACACAAAAACAACUGAACAAGAAGACACGAACAACGCCGGCGCUUCUGGCGGUGACGCGGUCACUGCCAAUAUCGCGGCAAGCAAAAAUCAGUUGCUCGAGUACUACAUCUUGAAACCGGGACCCGCGGGCUGCUCUGAGGAGAUGAAGUUUCUGGUGAGACGGAUCCACGGCGUGAUGGCGUCGGAUUACUCGGUCACCGCUUUUGAAGACGGCAGAGACCGGCCUAGGUUCGAAACCUUACCGACCGACGUGCCGGCCUACAUGCAGUUCCCUGGGAAGACAAGAAGAUUCUCUCUCUUCGUGAACUCCGCCGUCACAAAGCAAACGCUGCGGCUCCAGUGCCGCCCCAGCUGCAUCGGCAUGGAGGUCUCCGCAGGCAUGAGUCCAGAUGAUGGAGCCGAGAGGGUUUGGAAAGCAAACGCGGUCGCGACAAGCUCUGCCGACGGAAGUGGAUCUUCCUCUUCCUCAGCUACCACUGGUGACAAGAGUGCCGACGCCGCACAGCAGGUGGACUUGAUUGAGCUCUCUCUCAAAGACCCGGAGAAAGCUAAGAACUACGGCUUCUACCCCCGAGUCGUGUACGCCUGGGUGACGCAAAAAGGCGACGACUCGCACGGGAUUCUGGUGCACGCAUCCCUGGUUGCAACCUCGGAUUCCGAUUUUGGCCUGUUGCUGGAUGGCGGCGAGGCUCAGAUCGCGGUGGUGCGCAGCCAGCAACCGGCCUACUUCGCGUUUGACAGUCGCAGGGCUAGUCCGUUGUUGACGAUAAUAGCGAAGUUGCCGUAUGACGAGAAGAAUGACUUGUACAACACACGAAACAGGCUGUGGGUACAGAACUGCUUAAGCCAGGACACCCACGAGAGUGCGCCGCUACCCUCGGCGGAACACCACGACACCGAGGGGAAGUUGAAUACCCACGAAAAAACACCCAUCCCCAUCCAAUUUGUCAUGCAAAACCUGCAUAAAAUCCACUAUUUGUCAUGCAAAAAAUGGAUGGGGAUGGGUGUUUUCUCCUGGAUAUUGAACUCCAGGAAUCAACUCGUCGCGUUUGUGGACAACAGGUAACUUUUUUCUAGAUAGUAACAUUCAUACAACUACACAUGGCUGUCAUUCGGGCUGUCCUGUGCUUCUGCAGUGAGUAGAAUAGAAAACACCCGUGUUUCUUGUUCUUUAGAUCCUUCAGAUCGAUCUCCCGAUCCGGAAAAAAACUUUUCAACUGCAGUCGCCUACCCACGACUAGCAACGGCAAGCAGCUGACGGGCAAGCAUUGCAUCUACCGAAUCGCGGUGGAAACGAGCCGUCCGACACCAGUUCGCGUUUCCAUUCGGGGCGGGACGACUCGCAAAAACGCCCCUCUCCGCGUGAACGGCCCGAGCCAAAUCGGUAUCGUGCGCGAGGGCUUUCCCGAGAGUUACAUCCUGAGUAACCACGUCACCAUCGCGGAGCUGGAGAAGAAAAUCCUAGUCCACUACGAGCCCUGCAUUGGGAAGCUGAAACCCGCCAGACCUCCGAUCCACGAGGUGCCCGGCGACUCAGACACGCCCAUUACCGUUGCCUGCGAGGGAAAGGAGUGCCACGGGCGGUUCCUGUUGCGCGCCACGAGUUUCGACAACAGCUGGGAGUACAGGCCCGGCAAGUUGGAGACGCCAACGAAGGGCUGGCGGCACGGAACGUACACCCUUUCGUGGACGUCGCCGCGAAAAAGACACUACCAAAGCAAAGAAGCGGACACGGAAGCCUUCGCGAAUCUAGUGGGAGACGACGUCUGGUACUACUUUCUUUGUUUCUUUUCAGAAGUUUUUGCUGCUCUCGAAGAACUGAAACUGGUGCUACUUGAAAUUGAAUGGAAUAAUUUCACAGCUUAGCAUUGAGCGGAGCGAGUUCAAACUGCGUUGAAUCUUCCUCUUGUUUUAUCCAUCAGGUAUGAGCUGUUCAUCAUUCCCGUUUCAGACAAAGCGCAGGUCUUCGAUCUGUUCCAUGCAACCCCCUGCGGGGUGUACAACAUGCUGGGGAAACUCGCGGGCGUGCAGCGCAAGAUGUUCAGACAGGACGAGCUUACCAAGACAAAAAUACAGGGCGACAACGGUGACGAGGAAAAAAUCACGGCCACCGUCACCGCGCACUACGCCCCCACCCGCGGCGAGCACUUCGAGUUUGUCUUGCUCGCGCGCGACGGGCAGACCGACGAAAAAUUCGCGUACACAAAAACCUCGCUCUCCGACGCGGACAGCGAAGGUACAGGCGACUACACCGGCGACCCGUCGGUGUCCACAGCCGGCGAUUCCAUGUUUGGCGCCAGCACGGGAGCGCUGGUGCAGCAGUACUCGUUUUUCUCCCGUCUCUCGUGGGUGCUGUUCGUGGGAUUUGUGAUCAUCUCCAGUCUCGUCGGUCUCGCCAAGUACGGCCCGAAGAUCGCCGGCUACUUUGGUUUUGGGCCAAAUGUGCAGUAUGGACGGACGACGGCGUUCGAACUGCGACCCCAUUCAUCCCCGGUGGACGCCCACAGCUACUACGAACCGCCAAACGCGAUCGGUGUUGGGUACAACCGCAUCGAGUAGAUGAAACGACAGACGAAACAACCACUCUUCGGUCGUAUGGUGGUUGUUGUACUUCGGUGGUGCAGGUAUGCAACGGACAUGCAAGUAGAUACAGGUAAGGAUACACCCGGAAACAGGUUCCGAACAAAUUAUCAUCAGGUACGUAUACAGGAAAAGGUGAAAAAUUGUUCCAUUUAAUGGAACAAUUUUUCAAGCAAGUCGCGAAGCGCAGGCGCGACUGAGUCUGACGCAUUUCACAGGACUUUUUUUGGUUGUGAUAGGAACACAAGAAGUAUUUCCGGUGCCUCUAUUGAAAUUACAUGCGCAGCGAAGAU